UCAAAUAAAUACAAUAAGAAAUCAUUAAAAAAGUCGAUUGUUAAUUUUUUCACAACCAUGUAUUGCCCAAAUCACAUGAAAUAAUGGUUACAAAGUGACAAUACUCUAUUAGAAUUAGAAACGAUGAUUGUUCAAGAACCUGUUCAGGCUGCCAUUUGGCACUGUUUGAAUCAUUACGAUUAUGCGGAUGCUAUAUUUUUAUCAGAACGUCUGUAUAAUGAAGUUAAAACGGAUGAAAGUCUUUUUCUGCUGGCUACAGCUUACUUCAGGAAUGGUCAGAUAGCUCAUGCUUAUCACACUCUCAAAGAUAGGUCAGGUAGCUCGUCCCAAUGUAGAUAUUUAUUUGGAAUUUGUGCAUAUGAACUGGAAAAGUAUGCAGAAGCUGAGGCUUCUAUACUAGAAAACUCUAUAUCAGGAAAUACUUUGGAAGAUGAAGAUCUUAUAAAAGAGUUUGGAGAACAAGCUAGCUUUGCCUUGAUGCUUCUUGGAAAAAUAGCUGCCAAAACUGAACGCAAGACUAGAGCAAUAGAGGCAUGGAAAAAAGCAUUGAAGAUAAAUCCUUUUUUAUGGUCAUGCUUUGAGUGCUUGUGUAAAAUUGGUGAUAAACCUAAUCCCCAAAAUAUCUUCCAAAUAUAUAACAUGGAAAACAUCUCAAUGUGCCAAGGCAGCAGCAUUAGUAAUAUAGAAAGUGUUAUUAUAACAAAUAAUACCUCAGUUCCAGACAGUCAGGAGACAUUUGUAAAUACUCCAUCUCCCCUAUUCAGUAAUUUUAAUCCAAAUAUUAAUAUUGCCAAUCCAAAGCAACUGUAUACCCCUGAAGAAAGUCCGUUAGCACAGCCAUUGAGCAUGUCUGGAUUUUGGCCCCUGUCGUCAGUUCCAACUACCAGAUAUAAAUCUUUAAAAUCUAGAGUGGAUUCAUGUACCAGCGUGAAAAAAAUAUCUUCAAUUGUUAUAUUUCACUUUCAAGAAUUAUCUCUGUUAACACUUUCCAGGUAUGCAGAAGCUGAGGCUUCUAUACUAGAAAACUCUAUAUCAGGAAAUACUUUGGAAGAUGAAGAUCUUAUAAAAGAGUUUGGAGAACAAGCUAGCUUUGCCUUGAUGCUUCUUGGAAAAAUAGCUGCCAAAACUGAACGCAAGACUAGAGCAAUAGAGGCAUGGAAAAAAGCAUUGAAGAUAAAUCCUUUUUUAUGGUCAUGCUUUGAGUGCUUGUGUAAAAUUGGUGAUAAACCUAAUCCCCAAAAUAUCUUCCAAAUAUAUAACAUGGAAAACAUCUCAAUGUGCCAAGGCAGCAGCAUUAGUAAUAUAGAAAGUGUUAUUAUAACAAAUAAUACCUCAGUUCCAGACAGUCAGGAGACAUUUGUAAAUACUCCAUCUCCCCUAUUCAGUAAUUUUAAUCCAAAUAUUAAUAUUGCCAAUCCAAAGCAACUGUAUACCCCUGAAGAAAGUCCGUUAGCACAGCCAUUGAGUAUGUCUGGAUUUUGGCCCCUGUCGUCAGUUCCAACUACCAGAUAUAAAUCUUUAAAAUCUAGAGUGGACUCAUGUACCAGCGUGAGUAUACCUUUUUUUAUUUUCCGAUUCAUAUAAUGUAAAAUUCACAAU